UCUCCUGUUAACAUUCACUCGACAGUCGCCACACACUUGACCAGUAGUUUAUACGCAGGCGUAGAAUGAACUAUGGAGCGCGGGCCGCUCCGGCACUGCAGUAGCACUUGCAGCGGAGAGAGCUCCCAUCAAUGGCCUCGAAUCUUUGCCGCAUCCUAGCCCUUGUGCUGGCCGUUUCGAGCCUGUGUCCGGCUAGGGUUCGAGCCGUAGGGGUGAACUGGGGCACGGCGGCCUCGCACCCGCUGCCACCGCCCAAGGUGGUAGAGUUGCUGAAAUCGAACAACAUCACCAAGGUCAAGCUCUUCGAUGCCGACCCAAGCGUCCUCCAGUCUCUCUCCGGUUCUCAUAUCUACGUGACCGUCGGCAUUCCCAAUUCGAUGCUCAAGAGCCUGAACUCAUCCAAGAAGGCGGCGGAGAGUUGGGUACACGAUAAUCUCACCCGUUACUUCUCUGAUGGAGGCGGUGGAGUUCGAAUCGAGUAUGUUGCCAUAGGCAAUGAGCCAUUCCUCCAAAGUUAUGGUGAGCAAUUCUCCCCCUUCGUUGUUGGUGCAGCCAUCAAUGUCCAAACUGCUCUUGCUCGUGCCAAGUUGGCAGACCAGGUCAAAGUUGUGGUUCCUUGCAGUUUUGACACUUUCAUAUCAGAGUCUGGUCUGCCUUCUAAAGGGCAUUUUAGGCCCGACCUCAAUAAAACCAUGAUUGAACUCCUCACAUUUCUCAACAGACAUCAUUCUCCUUUCUUUUCAAGUAUUUCACCUUUCAUAAGUUUCCAUCAUAGCAAGAACAUCUCCCUUGACUUCGCCCUAUUCAAAGAAAAUGCACGCCCUCACAGUGACAGCCAUAAAACCUACCAAAACAGCUUUGACUUGAGCUAUGAUACCCUUGUUACAGCAUUAGCCACUGCUGGGUUUCCUGCAAUGGAGAUCGUCAUUGGGCAAAUUGGCUGGCCUACAGAUGGGGCCGCCAAUGCCACUUCAUCCGUUGCUGAGACAUUCAUGAAAGGCCUGAUGCAGCACCUUCACAGCAAAUCAGGGACACCGCUAAGACCUCACAAACCACCAACUGAGACUUACUUAUUUAGCCUGCUGGAUGAGGACCAAAGAAGCAUAACAACAGGAAAUUUUGAGAGACACUGGGGAAUAUUUACUUUUGACGGCCAGGCCAAGUACCGUGUCGAUUUUGGGCAGGGCUCUAGAAACCUGGUGAACGCACAGAAUGUGGAAUACCUUGCUUCCAAAUGGUGUGUUGUGAACAACAACAGGGACUUGUCCAAUGCCACUGCUACUGCUUCAGAUGCAUGCUCUGUUGCGGACUGCACUGCGCUUGCUGCAGGUGGUUCUUGUUUCAACAUUAGUUGGCCUGGGAACAUAUCGUACGCGUUCAACAGCUUCUACCAGCAGCACGGUCAAAGGGCCAAUAGCUGCGAUUUUAGUGGGUUGGGUCUGAUUACUACUGUCGACCCUUCGGUGGGGAACUGCAGAUUUUCAGUUGGAUUGCGGACAUCUGAUUCAGCUCCUCGGCACAGGUCCUUUGUCAUUCACUUGAUAGUUCUGCUGAUGGCAACUGUUUUAUUAUGACAACAAUUUGAUGUCAUAAGAAAUCUGGUGUUAGAAGACGAAUUUCUGAGGAUAAUUUUGGCCCCCUUCAAAUGAGUUUCUUCUUACUAUGUUAUUUUAGAUGUUCCAUGUUGUAAAACAGUUUACUUCGUUUUCUUUUUCCCUCAACCCUGCUUCAUAUCUUGUAUCGAUGAUUUAUUUGUUCUGGAAAAGUGGCAUAUGUUUGUGAGUUACAGUGUCUGAUCUGAUGGAUUGGCUUUAUGCUCAUGCUGAGUGUUAUCCCGCAGGUGUCCUUGCUUCGAUUUUAUUAAGGCACUUUGGUCCGUAGCCACUCAUUUCGUAUUGGUAACAAACAUUUUAUAAUAUAUAUAUA